CUGUGGCCAGCCCCCUCCCUGAUUGUGGCGAGCGGCCGGAGGACUGGUGUCGUGACGUGGUGACGGCAGCCAAGUGUGGGGCGCUGGAGCUCUGCCGGAUCACCGUCUGGGACCAGGCCCCGGGGCAGAAGGGGAUCCCAUGUCACCUGUGCCAGGUGGCCGUCUCUGUGGUGGCCAAAAUCCUGCAGGACAACUGCACUGAGGAAAAGGUGAAGCUCUUCUUGGAUAAGAAAUGCCAGUACCUGCCCUUCCAGGACUGGUCUGUCAAGUGCAAGAAGAUGGUGGACACCAGCAUCCUCGUCCUCACCCAGCUCGGCAAGCAAGUGCUGUCAAACCCGAAGGUGGUGUGUGGGACCAUCAAGCUGUGCCAGCACCAAGAGAGCCCCACGGGGGCCCUGAAGUUUCAGAAGCUGCCGCCAGCCGCUGAGGGCCCUACUCAGGACUUUGCCAACUUGUUUUCCCCCUUCAUCGCCAACGUGCCCCUCCUGCUCCAUCCCCAGGACCUGCCUCAGGGCGAGGAGAUGGAAGAGGUGUGUGGGGAGUGCCUGCAGCUGGUGGCGGCCGUGCAGAUGGAGCUGGGGACCAAUGCUGGCUUCUCUCAGAUGCUGGUGGCCCACACCGAGCGGGCAUGCGAAGGGCUGCCACCACACCUGGCACAGCGGUGCAAGCUCUACCUGACCAAGUACGCGGACAUGGCUGCCCAGCUGCUCCUGCACUUGCAGGCUGAGGACCCGCUGGAGCUCUGUGGCCAGCUGGGGCUCUGCUCCUCCGCUUCGGCCCUGUCCCUCCACACGCUGCUCACCGAGAAGGUGAAGCAGGUCCUGAGCACACUGAGGGAUGAGGAGGGUUCCACACCGCUAUGUGAUGUGUGCCAGUUCGCUGUGAAGGCGGCUGAGAGCCUCCUGGAGAACAACAUGACGGAGGAGCAACUGGUGAAUGACCUGGAGAAGGUGUGCUACGUGCUCCCCCACAGUGUCAUCGGGCAGUGCAAGGACUUUGUCAACUCCUACGGCAAAGCCGUGGUCAUCAUGCUGCUGGAGGCCACCGACCCGGCGGCCGUCUGCACCAUGUUGCACUGCUGCCCCCGCAGCAGAGAUGCACACCCCGGGGCUGGUGCGCUGGAGCAGCUGGCAGUGGGUGCGGGUGCCUUCUGCAACGUCUGCCAGAUCGUCAUCACCUACUUUGAUAACGAGCUGCUGAAGAAUGAGACGCUGGCGGAGCUAGGCGACUUGCUGGAGAAGGGCUGCGAGAUGCUGCCCACACCGCUCACUGGCACAGUGAGUAAAAAAAACGGAGCCGGGCCGGGAUCCCCUGAGACCCCGCACGGGGCUCACCACCUGUCUCCUCCCCAGUGCGAGGCUCUCGUGGUGCAGUAUGAGCCAGCGGCCAUGCGGCUCCUCGUGCAGAUGAUGGACCCCACCUUCGUCUGCACCAAAAUAAGAGCCUGCAAUUCACAUGAGGAGGAUCUCCUGGGCUCCGACCCCUGCGCCUGGGGCCCGCAGUACUGGUGCAAGAACAUGGCUACGGCUCUCGAGUGUAACGCUGUCGAGCACUGCCGGCGUCACUUAUGGAACUAG